AUGGACCCAUCGCUCCGUUCCCACUACCUUGCAGACAAUCCUCCCACCGUUGUCCGAUUGGAGAUCGCCCCUCAUUUCGCCGCUCUUUCGCCUAAACAAAAGAGAUAUGCUCAUCAUCUGAGUCGUGCUGCUUUCCAUGGCACUCGGGUAACGCUAGCACAAGUGUCGCCGGAAUCUCCAGUCAUCUACGACCUCAUCCUUGCUCUACAUCGUGCCUGUAACGGGGACUACAAGAAACUCUCCGCCGAUGCCUCGGUGUCGUCCUCCGACAUCACACUGUGGCUCGAGUACGCCGCCCAGUUCUUCGGGAAUUGCGGCAAUUACAAGGGAUUUGGAGACUCCAAGUUCAUACCCAGAAUUUCACCUGGAGACUUGAAGAAGCUCUGUGAUGUUAACGACGAAUGCAAAAGCCUCCAUGAAAAGGCCACGAAGACGGGAGGAGGUAUAUAUGAGACCAAGGAAUCGGCUCUUAUGCACUUCGGGUACCCAGAAGCGGGCCAUAUGACGGCUUACUAUCCAGACUCACCGAGGAUCACCAAGGAGGAGAUUUCUAUCGUUGGGGACGUGCUGGAAGAGAAGAAGCUGCUGAUAGAAAACACCAGACUGCGCAAACUCGAUUCUGGAGAUUUUGAGUUGCUCAUUGCAUCUGGCGUGUCCAACCCGCCUGCGGCAGAGCGAGAUCUUGGAGAAGUUUCUUCGAUCGAUUUGACAGGGAAACUCGCUGGCAAGAAGUUGCAUCUUCGUUUCGGUGAUUAUCAGGAGGAGAUGGCCAAGAUCGCCCUUGAGGUCAAGAAAGCGAGAAAGUAUGCUGCCAAUGAGAUUGAAGAAAAGAUGCUUGAUGAGUACGCCAGGUCGUUUGGAACUGGCAGCAUUCAAGGAUUUGUGGAAUCGCAGCGGUAUUGGAUCAAAAACAAAAAGCCCAUGAUCGAGACAGAUCUAGGGUUUGUCGAGACUUAUCGAGACCCUCAUGGUGUGCGCGGUGAAUGGGAAGGCUUUGUUGCCAUGGUGAAUCAAGAGCGGACGCGUGCUUUUGGUAAACUUGUCGACGCAGCACCAAGCAUGAUUCCGAAGCUACCGUGGAGCAAGGAGUUCGAGAAAGACAAGUUUUUAAGCCCCGACUUCACUUCUUUGGAGGUCCUGAGUUUCGCUGGGAGCGGCAUACCGGCAGGUAUCAACAUCCCGAACUACGACUUCAUCAGACAGAACGAGGGCUUCAAGAAUGUGAGCCUCGGAAAUGUCCUCAGCGCCAAAGCCCCCAAUGAGCCGAUCCCAUUCGUUCGCAAAGAAGACGACGAGCUCUUCCGCAAAUACCGCGACCCUGCUUUUGAGGUGCAAGUCGGCAUCCAUGAACUUCUCGGUCACGGUUGCGGCAAGUUACUCCAGGAAACAGCUCCUGGUGAGUAUAACUUCGAUAUCAAGAACCCACCGGUCAGCCCGGUAGACAAGAAACCAAUCACCUCAUACUACAAACCCGGUCAGACCUGGUCUAGCGUCUUUGGAUCGAUUGCUUCAUCGUACGAAGAGUGCCGCGCUGAAUGCGUUGCUAUGGCUCUCUCCUGCGAGUUUGAGCUUUUGAAAAUCUUUGGCUUCGGCGAUGGAAAGGAAGAUAUCAACAGUGAGGCUGGACAUGUUCUUUACGCGGCGUAUCUCCAAAUGGCACGUGCCGGAGUGGCGGCAUUGGAAUACUGGGACCCGAAGUCUCGGAAAUGGGGCCAGAUCCACAUGCAAGCUCGUUUCGCUAUCCUGCGUACAUUCAUGGAUGCUGGGGGAAAUUUCUGCGCGCUCAAAUCUCCCAACGGUGAUAUCAAGAAUCCGGACGACCUUGAAAUCCACCUGGAUCGGAACAAGAUUCUGUCGCACGGACGGCCGGCGGUCGAGGCUUUGUUACAGAAGCUCCACAUCUACAAGUCGACUGCUGACUUUGAGGCCGGAAAGAAGAUGUACGACGACGUCACGAAUGUAGACGACUGGUGGGCCGAGAAAGUCAGACCGAUUGUGCUUAAGAAAAAGACUCCACGCAAGGUGUUUGUGCAGGCCAACACUGUGUUGGAUGAGGAGAGCGGAGACGUGAAGCUGGUGGAGUACGAGCCCACGAUAGAGGGGAUGGUUCAGAGUUACUUUGAACGUAAUGUCUAG